AUGGCUGACCGAAUUUCUUCGGUGCUGGAAUUGGAAGACGUCUGCCGUCGGACGCCGCUUUCAUACGCAGCCGAACGUGGUGACAUCGAUGCCGUCUCGGGGCUUUUGAAUAAGGCUGCAAAUUACCGGGCUGUUGAUGCCUUGGGGAGGACCCCUAUCUUCUGGGCUGCUAUCGAGGGCCACGUGGAUGUGAUCAAAGAGCUUAUAGCGUACGGAGCGGAAUGGAAGAUUGAGGAUGCUUCUGGACGAACUCCUCUAUCGUGCGCCGCUGAAAAAGGACACACUGAUGCAGCUUGCGAGUUGGUGACGGCGGAGGCUCCCGAGGGGUCAUCAGAAGACGAAGACGACGACGCGGCGGAGGGUUCAGAGAAAUGUUCCGACAACGACUCGGAUGAUUUCUCCAUGGCUUCGACCGCUUCUAUCGUCUUGCCAUUAAAUCUCGCGGUCCGCCGCGCCGAUGAGGCCGCCGUCAAGACCCUACUGCAGCAUGGUAUGGACAUGUACUACGACUCCGCAUGGGAAGAGGAUCCGCAGCCAGUUCUACUCGCGGCUAAGACUGGUAAUGGUGAAAUCAUGGAUAUGCUUCUGAAAGCCGGCCUUUCCCUAGACAGAGCCGAGGACAUGUAUGGGCGAACAGCGUUGAUGUUUGCCGCUGUAAGAGGCCACGAAUCCACAGUCCAAAUUUUGCUGGCGAGGCCAGAUAUUCAGCUUGACAGUCAGGAUGAGACGGGUAAGAAUGCACUCACAUAUGCUAUAGAGGGAGGACAUGAAAACAUCGCCCAGAUGCUACGGCAGGCAGGUUUGAGUGAAGAACGGGGUGAAGCCCAGUCUGAGACAUCUUCCGCCCCCUCUGAUAACGAUGACGCGCUUAUUGAUACGCACGUGCCUGUUGACUCUUGCCAUGCGCUGGCAAAAUCAAGUAUGACGCAGGGGACAAAGGACGAGGAGGUCGUUCUCCGCCAGCAGGAUGAGCGUGUCUUCAAAGCCAUUGACAGUGGUAAACAAGAUGCGCUAUCAUUGGCCAUACAGCGUAACGAUGUUCAUGCGGCACAUACUUUGGCAAGACACAAGGGGAUAGACGGUACUGCCCUGGAUAACGAGGGCAUGUCUCCUUUAUUGUGGUCGGUCAAGUCCAAUAUGCCAUCAGUGACACGGAUGCUCAUGGCCACAACACACGCGCUACACGUGGACAACCAGGGUCGGAGUCUGAUUCACCACGCAGCCAUGGCGGAAAACGGUGACAUUUUCCCAUUUCUCGUAAAAAUGGGGGUUCCUGUCGAUGGACCAGACAAAUCCGGCCGAACACCGCUCUCAUACGCUGCAGAGCUGGACCGAGUCGCCAUCGUGAAGUUGCUCCUUCAGAAUACUGCCGUGGAUGUCAACCAUGCCGAUAAGACUGGGCGCACACCACUUUCAUAUGCCGCAGAAGGCGGCUCGGACCAGACAAUAGAGCUACUACUGGAGAGACCCGGAGUCAAGGCGACUUUGGCCGCCGAGAAUGGACGGACACCGCUGUCAUACGCUUGCACUCAUUCGACGUCGACGGCACCGACAUUUGAGUUGUUGAGCGCCGUCGACGCUUCUGUUGCUGACACCGAGGACAAAGAUGGCCGGACUCCCAUCUCAUGGGCUGCAGGCUCGGGUUCGGCUUCUGUAUGCUCUCGGCUCAUUUCCUUGGGGGUUGACGUCGAUCGUAUGGAUAAAAAUAAGAGGAGCCCUCUAUCUCUUGCAGCUGAAAGGCCCUACGCCGACGUCGUGCGUGUGCUUCUCGGAACACAGCGGGUUGAUAGGAUGUCCAAAUGUGCAGCCGGACGGACACCGCUGGACUGGGCAGUACGUGAGUGCUCUGAACUGGAUGAGCCUUGUCUCGACUGGCACAGGCAUCAGGAACGGAAAUGGGCCACUGCGUACAUGCUCAUCACAGGAGAACUGGAUCAAGCUCCAACCGCCAGUUCCAUAGAGAGGCUUCUUAAAGAGGCUAUUGAGCGUGGCAAGCCGCAGGUGGUCUCGGAGCUCAUUCCCUCUCCCUUAGCCAAGGACAUAUACUCUCCCUCCGAACUGAUUGAGCAUGCCAUGGAGCAAGGGUCCGAUGAGAUGGUGAGAGCCGUCGUUACGGCUUUCGCAAAAAGCGAGAUUGAAUUGUCUCCUACCUCGAUUCUGUCCAAUGCGGCAUCCGCCGGGAGGACUGUACUGGUUGAAGAGCUACUCGGUCGGGAGACGGCGUCCAAAGCCGAUGACCAGAGUGUCAUCUCUCAAGCAGCUGCCAACGGACAUAUAGAGACGAUACAAAUGCUUCUGGAAAAAGGCACAGAUGUCAACCAAGCGGAUGUAGAUGGGAAAACACCUCUUAUGUUGGCGGGCAUUCAUGACCAAGAAGAAACCAUAAAGGUACUGCUUGAAUCCCCGGGAAUUAAUGUCAAUGCUGUAGACAAAGACGGACGGACAGCUGUAUCUCAUGUGGCUGGUGCUUGGUACUCGGGUUGUUUGAAGUUACUCUUGGCAGAUCCGAGGGUUGAUGCAAAGCGGCAAGAUUCACAAGGCCGAUCGCCAUUGUGGUAUGCGGUCGCCGCGUGGCGCCGCAAGGCCAUCCGUGCCCUUUUGGAGGCUGCAUCAUGUUGUGAGGUUGAAGAGGAAGAAUGUGGGCGACUAACGUAUCCUACUUGUCAAGAAACAUAUAGUCCGGCUGCGUGA